CUGGCGGCGGCAGGAGCUGCGCGAGCAUGGCGAGCUGCCCCCAGGCCGGGCUGGUGCCGUCGGGACCGGCGCUGAAGAGGUGGCUCGGGCUCGGGCUCCUCCUGUUUUACUUCAUGAGUUUAGGCUAUGCAGUGGAGAAAAAAGUGGCCAAAGGCAAAGUGGGGGAAAAAGUUGGCCUGCCUUGUUGUCAUGAAAUACCCAGCACAGAAAGCCUACGCAAUUACCGGGUCUACUGGCAGAAGAACAUCACAGAGGUAGUGCUUGCUUACGCAGAGGGGAAGAAGAUCUCGGUAAACGAACGGUAUGAGAAUCGGACCGAGCUUGACUCGAGGAAUCUCACCCUGUGGAUCUCUCCCGUGGAAAUACUGGACAAUGGCCCCUACCAGUGUGUAGUUCAGCACCUCAAAAUUUCACAGAACUCAAUAGCACCCCGCAUUGUAUGUGAUGAGCCUGUGACGCUCUUCAUUACAGCUGACUUCAGUGAGCCCAGCAUAACAGCAGAAGUACGCAGUAGUUCUUGUGAAUCAGAUGAGGUGGUAGUAAGAUGUUCUUCUCAUGGAGGUUUCCCAAAACCCAAAAUCUCUGGAAUCUUCAACAACACUUCUGUGGUGUGGAAUGCUACCUGGGUGUCUGAGUCCAGCAUCAGCCCAUACAACGUCACAGGCAACGUGCAGCUCAACGUGACUGAAGACACCAGCUUCACUUGCUCCAUUGAAUACAGUGGCUUUACCAAGUCUGCUAGCUUGCUUCUGAAAAAAAGAAGUGACUGUGUUCUUCCCACUAUACCUCCAUCUUAUAAUGUCAUUACUGCUUCAAGUAUCAUCAUUAUUGUCUUCCUUUUGGCUGUCACCUUAGCAGCAAAAUUCCUCCCAAGACAUGUCUGUUCGCAGUGUUGUAUGUCUCAAGAUUCAGAAGAAGAGGUGAAAGAAAGUAUGAAGACAGCUGAGCUUUCUAAAGUGACAUCUGAAAUGUCAUCUGUAUGACCAGACCAUAUUUGCAGGUCUCCCAUUCUAUGAAUGCUACACUGCAGUCCCCCUUGUUCUCUACAGCAAUGCUUAUUGCAGUGACCCUUUGGCUCUCUGAAAGGGGGUGACAGAAGGAAGAAAAAAAUCUGCUCAAGAAGACUGACAAGAUUAUCUCAUGUGAACAAACAGAAAAGCCCACCUACACUACAGAAGCUGUGGGGUGGUCAUAUUACAAUGCAGUUGCUGGAACUGCACCCUGGAGGACGCUCCAUAUUUCUACAGGAGCGCACAAGAAGAAUGUCAUCAGCAUCGCACUGCUCCAGUAUACCAAUUCCAGAGUUUGGGACAGUUUGGCUUUGAUGGUGCCUCCGUGAAAAUCAGGGGCCUUCUGAGCUCUAGCAGGUAGCCCUUGUCCACCUCUCCCUUUAGUAAUGUGGAGCUGGCCUCUGGGAGACAUCCAAAAUCCAAUGCAGAUUCUCACGACAGGCUGUGCCUCCAUGCUGUAACUGGGAGCAGCUAAAACUUCUUUUAUAUUCAGCCUGGCACCAAUAGCUGCCAGUACUGUUCUUUUUUGCUGGAGGAGUUUGGAUCCGGAUUUGACCAUUUUGGAUAUGCGUCUCUUCUCCCCUGAAGAGGCAAUAAUGCAGCCACUUUUUAGGAAAAAGCAUCUCAAGGUGGCAAUAUACACCUCACAUUUACUUUCAGUGCUGUAAGACUUUUUUUUUUUGAUGAUACGUACUGACAGCACAGCUAACUAAUGUUUCUUGUGUACAGAGGUGGCGCAAGUUCUCAUGAACUUUCUCUCUUCUGAAAGGAUAGCCUUGCCAACCCAGGUACUGAGAUGCUGCUCCUCCAUUAACAUACUCUGAGAUGCAAGAGCAUAGCUGACACAGUCCAGCCCACUGGUGAUGGUACAUGUGAGCAUAUGCAUGUGCAUGCAUGCACAAUUAUACAAGCUUUUAUAUGUAUUUCUUCUGAUCUGCACUUGUAAAACUCCAUAACACUCAGUGGAUAUCUUAAGUGUAUGAAAUGUAACUCAGGACCUUGCUUCAUGUAUCUCAUAGGUCUGCUUUUGUUUGUACAUUUGUCUAGACAUAUUUGUUAGGGCUGGUUCUCCAUUUUUUUUUUUUUUUUGGAGUCUCUCAUAGCAACAUACAGUUACUUGGCUUUGAAUGCUGCUGUUUGUCAGUAUUCUCUGUACCCAGCCAGGACUUGAAGGAAGUUCCCUGCAGGAUGCUAACAUUACCUAAGACUCAGCUGAUCUGGGUGAUAUUCUUGCCUACUGUGUAGGAGAAUGGUUUCUCAUUUUGAGGGGAAAAGAGUUUUUUUAAAAAAAAAAGAAGAAAAAAAAACCCAACAAGCUUCCUGAGCAACCAUACAUACUAACCUAAUUCAACCCUGCCCUGAUUAUGAUGGUGUUGCUGCCUUUUUCUUUUGCUCUGAGCUGCUGCAAGCUGCAUCCAUUCCCUUAUUGCUUCAGCCAGCACAUACUGCAACUACUGCUAGGGAUGGCACAGAAGCAGCACCUAUAUCAUAUGUGACUGUACACAGUUAGCAGGGCAGACAAAAGGCUGAAAGCACCGUGCUAUCCUCUUUGUGGGAUGUUUUGUUGCUUAAGGAGUUUAUCUUACUAGGACACAGCAAAAACAUGUACCAGUGGGUUCACUUUUUUCCUAGCAAGAAUUAAGACAGAAAUUGGUUGAGAAACCAAGAGCACUAAAAGCAGUUUAUGGGGUUCAGCUAUGAGAGGCUAAGGGAUCAGGAAAAGUCUCUAGUGAAAAUAAGACAGACACUGCUGCCUUCAUGCUUCCUGCAGUCAUGCUGCCGCAUCAGCUAUUUUACUGCUUUCCCAUUGUAUGAAAUGAAGCAAGGACCUCUAAACAUUCUUACUUGGGACUUUUUGACAGAGAAGGAAGGUAAGGUUGCUACUGGACCACCAAUGAGCAUCACAGCACUGUCACACUCUGUACCUGUGCAUUCUGGCUUCAGACUGUGCAGAGGUGGCAAAGAAAGCAGUGCUAGCCAAAGGCAGCUUGACCUAUCACAAGACUUGGUAUACAGGCUGCCAGGAAAAUGGUAUCUCAUGCUUUUCAUACUUUUCUUUCAAUCUCUUCUUUCCAGCACAAACUACCAGCUGCUUUCAUGCUGAAUGCUUUUUCUUCUAUUUAAUUAGCUCAUUUUCAACACUGUGCUUUCUUGCCUGUUAGAACCAUGGCACAUUUCCACCAUACCAGCCAUACUGCAGCUUGGAUAGUUGUACAUGCACAGCCUUUUUCUUCUGACCAUCCCGUGCCUGACUUCUGCUCCUGACUGCUGAUUGCACAAACUUCUAGAGAACGGUUCCUCUUCUGCACACUGCGAAACCUUCUACAUCACCACAGACUCCUUUGACACUUUAAAUAACUCAUUCUAAAGUAAACCAGAAAUUUCACACUGACAGCUAUGGCUAGCAUCAAGUUGUUUUUAUUUACUUGGUAGGCAGGUUGGUUUUUAUUUUUUGUUUUUGUUUUUUUCUUAAGCACUUAUAGUAUGAGUUAUGUUUUCCAUUACCUUAUGCUGUUUUCAGUGAAUUGCACACAAAUGGUUUCCAUGAGACCUUUCCAGCUUGAUACCUGGGUCUUUGUACCAGGUGAGCUGCUCUCAUCUUAUUGCAAGUAUUUUGUAUAUAAUAAUUUUCCUGAUGUUUCUCCUUUAAUUGUAUUGAAAGUUAAAUGGCAAACUUUGUAUCCUUUCCUCAGUAAUUAAAGAUGUCUGCUGUAA